AUGUCUUUGAGGAUGUUCAUACAUUCUGAGAAGCCACAUGAACUAGACAGAUGGGAAAACGACGAGAAAUUUGGUUUACAGCGCCUUCUUGGGGUGAACAGUUCUGUCAUUCGUCGAGUAAAAGAUAUGAGUCAACUGGACAAUUUUAAUGUUGAUGAAAAUGAAAUCCGAUGGCUCCUACAGGGUCUCACACUAAAAGAAGCCAUUGACGCAAGAAAGCUUUUCAUUGUCGACCACGCAAUCCUAGAUAAGUGUCCAAAAAAUCCGAAAAUCACCUUAUGUUCGCCAAUAGCUCUUUUCUUCCGAGAAGAAGACAAAAUCAUGCCAAUAGCUAUCCAGUUAUUUCAGGGCAGAAGCGACGAUAACCCGGUAUUUUUUCCAACAGAUGACAAGUACACGUGGAUUUUGGCGAAAAUGUGGUUCAACAAUGCCGAUGCUCAAAUCCAUCAAGCAAUUUCUCAUUUCGGCUUUUUCAAACUUUUGGCCCCACACUUGAUGGCUAUCAAUAAUAUUGGAUUGAAAUUCCUGGGUUGCCUUCCACCUGACAUCGUCGAUCGGGGAGUUGAACCUACUGAUGUUCCGUUUUAUCCAUUCCGAGACGAUGCACAGCUUACGUACCAAGCCAUAGAGGAAUACGUUGAUUCGUACGUCAGCUUGUAUUACAGGUCAGACAAAGUCCUAAUAGAGAUACCCGAGAUACAGGCCUGGCGUGUCGGGCAUGCUGCCGUGAACUUCAAGCAGUAUGACGAGUACGCAUUGACGCUUAUUGGGCACCCACCCAAGGACAAGAGAGAACGUGAUCUGAAAGAGGAUGCCAUCCCAACGAUCCAACCAAUAAACAAAUUGCUCACACUCAUGGGACUGACAAAAGUGCUCAGUACACGUGCAACAAAUGCUCUGGGGAAUUUUGAAGUGAACUACAUUCAUGACCCGGCAGCAGUCGAACUGGUCGAACAGUUUCAGAAAAACCUGGAAAAUACCAGAAAAGAAAUCGAGAAAAGAAACAAAACAAGAUCUGCGGAGAGAGCAUAUCCAUUCCUUAACCCCGCCGAAAUACCAAAUGCAAUCAGCAUUUGA